CUCGUCCUCAACGUCGUCUUCUCUUUGUCAUCCACCUCCGUCCGACGCGCUCAGGAGGGAUCAACAACGACCAACCUUAUGGACACCGACUACCGACCACAACACACGCGCAAGCGCUCUUCCUCCGCCCGUCCACGUAUGCAGCAAGGACCAAUAGCAGGCGCAGACUACAGCGCAAACACCCUCGAUGCAAAGGUCGUCAUCCUCGGCAGGCAGGGUACGCAGCUUUUCAACAUCCACCCAUCCCUUGACAACCGCGCCUUUCUCCUUCUCAUCUCACCUCAUCCUCUUCCGCUCCCUUCUCACGCUCCGCUACUGACCCGAUUUGCAUUCCAGGCGUAGGAAAGACAUCCCUCGUCCGUCGCUACACGAGCAACACCUUCCACCCACCCUCGACACAAUCCACCACCGGCGCGUUCUUCGUAACCAAAAAAUGCACGCUCGACGGCGUCGGAGUCCGACUCCAAAUAUGGGAUACCGCAGGCCAAGAACGAUUCCGGAGCAUGGCACCCAUGUACAUCCGCGGCGCGCAUGCCGCUGUCGUCGUGUACGAUCUCACGAGCGAGCAGAGCUUCGAAGACGUUCGAGGGUGGAUAGACGAGCUCAAGAAGUCCACUCCACCAUCAACGCUCGUCUAUGUCGUCGGGUCCAAGUCAGACCUUUGUCCACAACAUCGUGCCGUCACCCCUUCACACGCUAGGGCAUCCCUACUCCGCUGGUAUCCCCCACCACCGCCAUCGACGAUCAUGUCCCCUCUCAGGCCCUCACCACCCCGUCGCCCAAGGCUCAUCUCCCUCCCCACCAGUCUGCCGAUGUCUCGCUCCACCCCCGCCCUCCAGCAGUUCCCAACAGUCCGCCACGCUCUAUCCGGCAGUGUGAGCGGCCCGCCCACACCGGGCGACAGAGGUCCCCUAACCGCCCCGCCAGUCGAAAGCAGCCAAUUUGGGUACGCGACCGGGCGGCCAAGGCUCGUCAGCAGCCCGAGCAGUCCCGCACACGGGAUGAGGCUCACCGCGAGCUCCGGGCCGAGCUAUAGCAGCCACAGCCACUCCAAUGGGCACGAUAGGCACGAUAAGCGAUCUAACGGCCAUGCGCAUUCCAUGUCCUACGCCCCUCCUGCACGUUCGGGCCGCGCUUGGAGCUGGGGUUCCUCUCCAGACGAAAAAGAAGAAUCUCCUUCCUUCCAACGGACACGGACGACCCACUCCACUGGCUCGCAUUUCCCCCCUGCCCAGAGCGCUUCCUACGACCCUUCCCCCGACCGGGGCUUGGUGCUCACUUCCUCCUCCGGGCCCGACUCGGCUGAAGAAGAGUCCACGUCCUCUCACACCACACCCGAGGAAGCGGAAGACGAAGAGCUGGAAGAAGACCGGCAGGGGAAUUGGGAGCUGGUCGAAGUAAGUGCUAAGGACGAUGUGGGCGUGCAGGGUCUGUUCGAGGGGCUGAUACGACGCUUGCUUGAGAGGAGGGGGGAGAUCAUGUAUGAACGGGAACUGAAGACUAGGGGCAGCGUCAUGCUACGCCCGAAUGAGGACUCGGGCGUCAAGAAGCUCGAAGAGGAGAGCAGGGGCUGGGGGGCGUGCUGUAGUGUGUGAGCGGUGAAGUGUAUGCGCCUCGAGUGCGCAUAUACCUGGCUUCCGAAGUUGAGAACCGACGACCGAAGUUGAAGACGGAAGAUUGGACAGAAGAUUGAAGAUUGAACAUGGAAGUGCUCUCCUUGAUGAAGCGCCAUAUCUCGCUCUACGUACCUGCUCAUCAGCAGACACUCGACUACCUCGACUCACCCGUCGACCCAGCGUCCAACGCACGCACCCGACUCUUUCCUCCGCCUGACCGGAAACUGGAUACACCCCGACCGAAAACGACGAACGAACAUACCACAUACCCCCAAAACAGCCCUGCCGCCCCACUGUGCGAUGCGGCCCGGAUGGCGACGGCGACGCAACAUGUCAUGUCAUGUGUAUUAUGUUACCACACGCACCACUACUCCCAACUUCUUUCGACCUUGCUCGACCUUGAUCUGCUUUCUGCUCGAUCUGCUAUGCGAUUGAUUCUCUGAUUCCCCCUCCUGCCUCUUGGCACUCGUUAUGACCACUUCUUGCAAUGCCCAUUUCGUUUCACUCAGUUCCAACUUACUCCAUUCCAACAGUUUCAGUCUCUUCUAUGCUAUUUCCAUUGUUCACUAGUGCAUCCCCAUACCACUUUCAC